AUGAGACCAAUGAUAUACAUAAUCAACAGACAAGUUCAUGUUGUAUCAACUCCCUCAAUAUACUUGGCGAAUGGUAUGAUGAAAGGUGGAUCUAUGCAAGAAAAUAAUCAAGAUAAUUUCAAAGAAUUUGUUCGACAACAAUUCGCAGCACUCAAUGAUAACCUUUGCUAUUUAGUAAAAUCACUUGAUUUUACUAUGCAACGUAUCGCUGCUAUUGAGAAAUCAAUGAACAUUAAAGUAGUUACUCCUUCAGAGGUGAAUGCUAAGAACCUUGAAGAGAUGAUACUGAAAGCAUGA